GGAAUUUUGCGGAUUAAGGAAAGCUGAUGAUGUAAAAGCAUUGUUCAUUUGCUCUUCUCAUUUUUGUGCUGAAGAUUUCAAAUGGGACGUUUCAGUAUCCGGAAAAAACAAAUUAUUGAAUUCAGAAGCAAUUCCUUCAAUUAUUUCUCGCAAACGGCAAACAUCUGAGAAAGAAAUAGAAAUAGAGUUGACAAAAAAAAAAAGCAGAAUUGUCAAUGACAAUAACGUAGAACCACAAGUGUACAUAAAUGUACCUAUGGAAAUUUAUACAGAAGUUGUUAAACUUGAGACAGCAGAAGUUAUCAGACCACAAGAAACGCAAGCAUUAACAAAUGUUCUCAUAAAUACGUGCAUAUCGAGUCCAACAAUAGAAUUAUGUUCUACACCAAAGAAACGGAAAUACAUGGAACCUCGCUACAUUUCUGAACUGAUGACAUCUGAUGUAAACACUCCUAGAAAAGCUAGAAGAAUUAUAAAAUUCAUCAAAGCUAAUGAUUUGAAAAGGCGAGAAAGAAUUCAAAAUUUACAGAGAAUGAAUAGGAAUCUUCUUAAGCGUAUUGAAAAUCUGGAAAAUAUGAUUGAACAUUUAAAAGGAAAGCUAUUAAUGUCGGAAGAUGCUGCAGAUGUUUUAUUGCUAUAG